AUGCCAGCAAAGAGACGCUCGUCGCCAUUAGCAGCCAGCGCAGAGCAGCCACAAGCCAAGAGCCGCGCUGGACAAGAGCGCCACGACGGUUCCCGGGGAGGAGAAGACGGGAUGGGAGAAUUUGAGGACAACUACGAGGAUGAGUUUGAGAGCGACGGGGAGGUACACGACGGGGAGAAUGAGGAUGAGGAUGGGGUGGAGCAGAUGGACGAUAUGGAGCAGAUAGGCGGCGUGGAUAAUGGCGACAAUGGCCAAGAAGGAGACACCCAAGCACCAUCCGCGCAGCCUUACAUACCGCACCAAUAUAAACUCAAACCAGACGAAAUACUCGAGCCUGAUAACUCAGUUUACGAGAUGCUGCACACGAUGUCUGUUCCAUGGCCUUGUCUGUCGUUCGACUUGUUGCGCGAUGGGGGCGGUGAGGAGCGCCGUACGUAUCCGCAAGAGAUGUACGCAGCAACGGGAACGCAAGCGGCUGGUGAUGCGAAUGAGGUGCUCGUAAUGCGCUGGGGGAAUUUAUGGAAGACGCAGCAGAACGAUGACAGCGACGAAGAAGAAGAUGAUGAGACGGCAGAUGAGACGCCUACACUUGAGUACAAGUCAAUUGCGCACCGCGGUGGAAUCAAUCGAUUCCGAGUGGCGGGCGUGGAAGACAAUUUCGUACCAACUGAUCCAACUAGCAUGCCCAACCGUCCUUAUCUCGCUGCUACCUGGGCAGAUACAGGCAAAGUGCACAUCUUCAACAUCCGUCCUCAUCAACUCGCACUAGCUAAUCCAGGGUAUAUGGUAGAUAAGACGCGCGAUAAUAAACCUCUUUACACUAUAAACUCGCAUAGCGAAGAGGGUUUUGCGCUUGACUGGUCGCGCGAGGGUGCGAGCGAGAGACAGCUCCUGACGGGUGACUGCGCGGGCGUUAUUCACAACUCUACUUUCACUGAUAGCGGAUAUAUCCCGUCACCCGCCCCAUUCACCUCGCACACCUCUUCCGUUGAGGACCUGCAGUGGUCGCCUAGUGAACGCACCGUAUUCGCAUCGUGCUCUGCUGACAGGAGUGUGCGCGUAUGGGAUACGCGUGUGCGCACGCGCACAGCUGUCGUCAGCGUCCUCGACGCACAUAGCGAGGAUGUGAACGUAAUUAAUUGGAACAAAAACACGGAGUAUCUGCUGGCAUCUGGGGGUGAUGAAGGAAUGGUAAAGGUGUGGGAUUUGCGCAAUUUCAAACCAGGUACUAGCACUGCCCCUCAGCCUGCUGCUCAGUUCGAUUGGCAUAAAGGUCCUAUUACGGGCAUCGAGUGGCAUCAUAAGGAGCCUUCGGUCCUCGCUGCUUCAGGUGCAGACGAUCAGGUCACCCUGUGGGAUCUCGCUGUUGAGCUCGAUCAGGAGGAGUUGGCUAGCGAGGUCGAGCAGCUCGUUCCUCCUCAACUCAUGUUCUGUCAUCAAGGCCAGAAGGAUAUCAAAGAGGUUCACUGGCAUGCGCAGGUGCCCGGCUGUUUUGUGUCUACGGCCUCGGAUGGGUUUAAUAUUUGCAAAACGAUUAGUGUUUAG